UUCCCGACGAAAAUCCCGGUCAUUGUUGAGAGGUACCACAAGGAGAAGUACCUUCCUCUCUUGGACAAAACCAAGUUUCUUGUUCCCGAGGAGCUGACCAUGACGCAGUUCAUCACCAUCAUCAGAAGCAGGAUGGCUCUAACUGCUACGCAAGCUUUCUACCUGCUGGUGAACAACAAAAGCCUAGCCAGUAUGUCCUUGACAAUGGCAGAAGUGUACAGGGACUACAAAGAUGAAGAUGGCUUUGUGUAUAUGACAUACGCUUCCCAGGAGAUGUUUGGAUGCUUUUUACCCACCGCUCAAGGGAAAGCUAUGGAAUGCCUUCAAAAAACUUAA